CUUUGUUGGCAAAGUCUGUAUGGAUAUGAAUGACAGCGUUCCACAAUACAAAGAGACUACUGCUGAUUCUAUCCAAGAGAUGGAAAGGUUUGUUAAAGAACUACUAGAAAAGAAAUAUCCAAGGGUACAGCCCAUAGUAACUCCUCGUUUUGGCCCUUCCUGCACAGAGGAUUUGCUGCGUGCACUUGGCAUUUUAGCACAGGCUCGUGAUCUCCAUGUGCAGAGUCACAUAAGUGAGAAUGAAGAAGAACUCAAACUUGUGGAGAACCUGUUUCCUGCCUAUCAGAAUUACACUGAUGUGUAUGAUAAAAACAGACUGCUUACCAGCAAGACAGUGAUGGCCCAUGCCUGUUAUCUUUCUGAAGAAGAACUGAAACUUUUUAACCUUCGUGGAACUGCAAUUUCACAUUGCCCCAAUUCUAAUUUUUCGUUGCACAGUGGUAUCUUAAACGUACAAAAGGUUCUGAAACACAAUGUGAAGCUUGGCCUUGGCACAGAUGUUGCCGGUGGAUAUUCAGCUUCCAUGCUUGAUGCUAUCAGGAAAACGAUGAUAGCAUCUAAUACCCUUCAAGUUAAUAAAGUGAACGAAACAGGACUAACUCUUAAAGAAGCUUUUCGAUUAGCAACCCUAGGAGGAAGCCAAGCUCUAGGACUAGAAGAUGUGAUUGGAAACUUUGAAGUUGGCAAAGAAUUCGAUGCACUGCUAAUCAACACAAAAGCUUCAGAGAGUCCUUUUGAUUUGUUCUCUGCUGAUGCUUUUGAGGAUACCCUCCAGAAGUUCCUGUAUCUAGGUGAUGAUCGGAAUAUUUCUGAGGUAUAUGUGGCUGGAAAGCAAGUGGUUCCUUUUUCAAGUUCAGUAUAAAUCCAUUUCCCUUCUGCAAAGCAUUCUGCUGAUUAUUCUGCAUCUGAUUUGGAAAAGAUGAUUGGUUAAACACAGUGCCUGAUCAUCAGGAAUGACACCUCAUUUUUUGCUUAAUGUUUCAAAACUUGCAAAUGUUAGAAAAUUUGUUAGGCCUUUAAAGAGUUACUUUACCAAAACUGUCACAGUUAUGAGAGGAAAAAGGCAUUUAAAUUUCUCUAUGAAAAUAGCAUGUAUGAACUGAUAAGGGAUUUGAUAAAUAUCUUUGUUAAAUAGGACAACUGCUGUUCCUUUUAAUAAUAGUGUAGGAAGUAUUAAGAUGAGCAAUGAAACUCUCAUUGUCUCUUAAGCAUUUUCAUUAAAAAAAAAUCAAACAACCCAGUACUAGUAAAUCUAUUUUGAAAAUAAUGAAUGUUGUGGAAGAGUGCAAUUUCCUUAAUAUUAUCACUGAGUAUGUGAUAAUAUAACUUAGUGACAUUUUGGGGCA